UUUCCUGGGAAAACUAUGGAGGCCAUGGAGCAGUCCACUCACCACUUUCUGUUUUCCCUCCAAUUGCAGUGGCGUUCGGGCGUGAAUGUGCUGCGAAAGAACUCGGUGCGACUGGCGGAGGUCUGGAUGGAUGAGUACUCGCAGUACUACUACCAUCGCAUCGGGAACGACAAGGGCGACUGGGGCGAUGUCAGCGAUCGUAAGAAACUGCGGGAGGACCUGCAGUGCAAGAGCUUCAAGUGGUAUCUGGACAACAUCUAUCCCGAGCUCUUCAUACCCGGCGAUGCGGUGGCCCAUGGCGAGAUAAGAAACCUAGGUUAUGGCGGUCGCACCUGCUUGGACUCUCCAACCGGAAAGAAGCACCAGAAAAAGGCCGCAGGCCUCUAUCCCUGCCAUCGCCAGGGCGGCAAUCAGGUUUGUUUUGCAACAAUCUCAGCAGCCCUGCGACCGCCACAAACUCUGUUCAAGAAGCACAAGAAAACCAUAUCACACAUAGCGUCGGGCAUGUGCCUAGAUGGGCAGGAAAGGCACCAAGAAGCGGCCACCGUUUCCGUGUAUCAGUGUCACGGCCAAGGAGGAAAUCAGGUAUCCACAUACCGGCCAGAAACGGAGGCAUAG